GGACGCGGAACAGGGCGUACAGGUGACCUCUGCGCCAGGCGGGCGGCACCUGCCGGGACCCGGCCGGGGAGCAGAGCUCACCCGAAGUCACGGAUGCAGGCGGUAAUGAAUCAAUGUCUACGUAGAAAUGUAAAAUAUACCUGCCGGCAAAAGGCUGGCGGGGCUGCGGAGCGCCUGGCGGCGGGGAGCGGUGCCUGCGCGGAGCAGCAGUCGUGCCGCAGGCGCUGGCCGGGCGCGCAGCCUCACGACGGCUCUGCAUUGACGUCACAAUGACAUGGUGAAGCCGAAGACAGGGGCUGGGAACAGUUCUUCUGCUUCACUUUUGAUUAUCGAGUGAAUUUGUUGCCACUCCAUUCCUUCCAGCAUGGCUAAAAGCGCAGAAGUGAAGCUGGCGAUCUUUGGUCGAGCUGGCGUGGGCAAGUCAGCUCUUGUUGUACGCUUCUUGACCAAACGGUUCAUCUGGGAGUAUGACCCAACACUAGAGUCUACAUAUCGUCACCAAGCUACCAUUGAUGAUGAAGUGGUUUCCAUGGAGAUACUAGAUACAGCUGGUCAGGAGGACGCUAUUCAGAAAGAAGGACAUGUGCGAUGGGGUGAAGGCUUCGUGCUGGUUUAUGACAUCACAGACAGAGGCAGCUUUGAGGAAGUGCUGCCACUUAAGAACUUGCUGGAUGAAGUUAAAAAACCCAAAAAUGUCACCCUGAUCCUGGUGGGGAACAAAGCAGACUUGGAUCACUCCAGGCAGGUCAGCACAGAAGAAGGUGAAAAGCUGGCCACAGAACUAGCAUGUGCUUUUUAUGAGUGCUCUGCUUGCACAGGAGAGGGCAACAUUAUGGAGGCCUUCUAUGAGCUCUGUCGUGAGGUACGGCGUCGAAAGAUGGUCCAGGGCAAGACUCGGAGACGAAGCUCCACUACCCAUGUCAAGCAGGCAAUUAAUAAGAUGCUUACAAAGAUCAGCAGCUAAGCCAGAGAAGCAUUUUAGAGCAUAUUCACUUGGAGUAGUGACAAGGCAGGCAGAGCACAUUUAAUUAAAAAUGAUGAAAGCUUUACAAUUAAAAAAAUAGAAAAGGCAAACCACACCACUUUUUUGAGUAACAUGGGGUCAGAUUUUUUCCUGUUAUGAAAUGUAUCUAGCCACACUGCUUCUGGCUAAUGUGGGGGAAGGGGGUGCGGGAGGGUAGAAAAAAAAAAAAGAAGGCCAACUCCAAAGGACUAGAUGAUUGUGGGUAUUGGCACUGACAGUGCGUUCUGCUUCUAAAAGGCUGGCUCCAAUCCCCUGCAACUCACUAGUGCCUAAACAUCAUUUCCAGCCAGCCAGCUGCUCAAUAGCUGUUGGAGGGUAAGAUUCAGUCCUCAGUCCAUCAACAGCCAUGACAACUGGUGUUCUUAAGGACUGAAUACACGUAGAGGCUGCUGUGUUUUACCAGAAAGUUCAUUUGACAUCUUUCACCAGAUUGGCGCAUUGUGUGCUUUUACUCCAAACUGUCCUUCCUUGUUGUUAUUUUUGUCAAACCUACGAGUGCUUAGAGAAGUACGCACAAAAUAUAGGUCUUUUUAUUGGAGUGUUUAGCCAUCAAGACACAGAUUUCAACAGAGCUGAAGUUCAGCUGCUUUUCCAGACCCUCUGAAACUGCAGAAUUCAUCAAUAAAUAAUCAUCUAAUCCAGUGACAUUUCGGCAUUUCCCACUAAAAGUGCGGUACUGUACUUAGGGAAAUGGGAGUUCUAUGUGUUAGGAAAUCAAACUAAAAAAAUAACCAUAUUACUAUUGAUUUAGUUAUGGGUAGUUUUUAGCUUUUGUUUACAUUUUUGUUUUGGUCUUAUUUAAAUUCAAGUAGUCCCUCUUAUUCUAUUUUAUACUAAAGAGGAACUGAAUCCAUGCAAAGGCAAGUAUUUAGAGUCUAAGUCCAAAUGUAAAUCAGAUGUGAAUGGCCUCUACCAUACCAAAAGGCCAUAAUUUCCAGCUGUUUAAACUUGCAGAUGUUGCUUGAAGCACUCUGUGGUUUAAACCAGCACAGAUUUUUUGUGACUCUGUCUGGCACAUUCAAUUGAAAGUACAUUUUACCAGAUUUUUGUGCCUACAAUAAAAGGUGUCCAUUUUUUUUCUCCUCUCGUCUGCACCCCUAUGCAUCUCAUUUAAGCCAGCUAUCAAAUUUUGCCUUGUUAUUUGGCUUAUUAACUGUAUGCUAACUAUGUAACUGAGACUGAAAGACUUUCAUUCAGAUUGUGCUCAUCUCCCACCAGUUGUGUUGCACCUCUUUGGGCUGUGAGGUAUGCAGAUCAGACUGGCAUCAUGUAGAACCACAUCCAAAGGUUGGGAUAAUAAAUGGGAAUAUUAACAGUAUUCUUCUUUGAGGAACAGCCAUCUUGUAGCAACUGCUUACAACUUUAUUCUCCACUGCUUAGUACUUCAUAUGGUUAUUUGCCUCUGUGAGGAAGUAACACCAAAAGGCUAUCAAACACAAAUUGCCACAGAUGUAGGAGAGUAAGGAUGUCUGGUUGGACAGCUUUUUAUACAGUUAUAGGUAGCCAUAGAAGAGGUGGAACUGUCUAGAGAAUCAAGCCUAUAUAUCCCUGUGGAAAGACAGAAGUUGUAAGUCAAGACUUUUCAAAAGGGUUUGCAUAAAGAUACUUUACCAAAGUAAUUUUUUUUAAAGUCUGUCAUCUGUAUAUUUUACCCAACCAGCGUCAAAGAACACCAUGUUCAGAUGUAUAUUUUAUUUGUACUGUUGUUUAUUUUCUCUGUUUCUCCCAUUCUAAAAAGGAAAAAUUCAUUCAAUUCUUCUAGAAUCAAUAUCUAUAUUUUUGUCCUCACAUGCGGCUAUGUUGCCAUAUACCAGCUACACACACCGCAAUAGAAACUUCACCAUGUGCUUCCAAGCAGGAGGUUCUUGCAAAAAGUGACAUCACUGUCUCCAUGACACACCUGUUCCCCAGCUAUUGAUCAUAUCUCUACCUUUUGCUAAAAACAAAAAUAAGAGAAGUUUUGCCAUUUUUAGUCCUAUUAGUAAUUCAGAAUCAAUACAAGUGUAAAAGAAAGAGCUAGUGCCUGUUCACACAUCAGUACUUAUAAGAGGAAGGUCUGAACUUGCAAACGUGUAUGUUUGUAUGUUAGAAGCCAGAGUGAGCAUUUCACUAAGUCAUUCAGUUAUCUUACAAGUCAGUGCUAUUGCAUGAAUCUGAAGUAAACAAAAUUCUUACCUGCAAUUCCAUGGCGACAGAGCUGAUGAGGUAAGUUGUUAUGUCAGCGUUCUAUUGGUUUAUCCCUCUCUAAGACAAUUUCAGCAGUUCUUUUCUCUGAAAACCUUUCUUGGGUUUCAGAGUAAUGUUGUAUUUAGAAUACAGAAAGGUAAUAUAUGAUUUACAAGAGAAAAUAAAAUAACCAUAUUCAUAUUAGGAGAGUUGGAAUUAAGGAGAGGCUAAGUUAUGGCCCAAAUACUUUCCAAAAGAAUCUCAGCAAAUUAUAUAAUCUUUUCUAAUGUCUGCAUGGAGAAGUUAUAAAAUCCUGGUGAAAGAAAAUGUUCCAUUGUGUACAAAUGACUUGUUAUGUAAAGAACCUCUAAGAAAAAUAGUAACAUUCCUUUGCAAAGACUAAAUUUGGAAGUUGUCGAACAUGAUAACCACUCAGUCCAAAAGGAAGAUGCUAUUUUGUGACCUUUCCUCCCACGCAAACAGAAAUUUCUUUACUUAAUUGCUUAUUAUUUUUUUCCUUGGUUUAAUGGGCUGCUUGUCAAGCCAUUUAUAAUAUAGUAUAUUAUAAUCUGUUUAUACAUAUUACAUAUUAUUAAAUGCAGUCUGAUUUACUGUUGCUCACAAUGUUGCAACAUAUUAUUGGCUAUGCUAGAAAUGUGUCAUAUUUCUACAAUGUACAAAUUGAGCCAAAAAAGUGCCCAAGCAUUGAGAAAGCCAAAUGUAUCAUGAACCCACAUAUAGUAGCCUUUCUGCAGCAGACAUCAACAGUUUAAAUUCUGUUUCUACUGCUGCUAUGUAAAUGUACAUAGAUGAUGCUAACAUUAAAUUCCUCUCCUCUGCCCGUUAUCAUUUUUGCAGAGAGAGGAUGGAAAGGAUGAUAAACAAGAAGGGGGAGGACAGGUUAAAUGGAUACUUGUUACCUACAACAAGUUGAUUGUCAUUUAUGAAGUUUUUAAAUAUUUAUCUUCAAUUGAUGAAGAGUUAGUCAUGCCCAUGCUGCAAGACCUGGAUCGGGAACCAAGACUUCCCUGCAAGUUUGAGAAUCUUCAUAUCUGGGGGUUCAGUGCAACCACAGAUGGAAGUGAAGAUCAGCCACUGGGUUUGCACUUGGAUCCAGACAAGUUGUCCCCAAACCUGGGGAUAGUUGCAUCUGGCAGUUUGCUACAAGGCUAGUUGAUUUUUAUAUAUAUUAUGAUCUGUAUGCAUUUUUACAUUAAAAAUAUGAAAGCUUGUGCUUGUAGAUAAUAUAUAUAUUAAAAAAAUAAUAAAAAAAAUUGUGCUCUCUGUACUGAACUCUAA